UUGAGACUUGCAAAGAGAAAAUAUUUAUUUCUUGGGAGGUAUAACUUUACAUUGACUAACACCUGCUGGUAGCUGAACUUUUCUAAAAGAAAGGAAAAGAAAAAAUUCUUUCAAGCUGCAGAUUCUAACCUUCAGCUGAUUUUGCUUUCUCUCUCUUUCAGCUGUCUGCAAUAUCAUGGACACGAUGCCUCAUGAUGAAUUAUCGUUGGCUGUGCCUCUCCUUGUUGACAAGGAGCAACACAGGCUAGGAUGCAAACUGAGAGAUGUGGAAUCAAAUUACAGUUUUACAAGUUCAGGCUCCACAUCUACCUUCAAGACUGUUUUCCACGGACUCAAUGCUUUGUCAGGAGUUGGAAUCCUUUCAAUUCCCUAUGCACUAUCAUCAGGAGGAUGGUUGAGCUUGAUCCUUCUCUGUAUCAUCUCCACUGCAGCCUUUUACACCGGCUUGUUGAUCCAGAGAUGUAUGGAUUUGGAUUCAAAUAUCAGAACUUAUCCUGAUAUAGGCGAGCGUGCUUUUGGUAGGAAGGGAAGAAUUUUGGUUUCAGUUCUCAUGUACACAGAACUGUAUUUAGUUUCAACAGGAUUCCUGAUUCUUGAAGGGGAUAAUUUACAAAAUUUAUUUCCUAACAUGGGGAUUGAAGUCGCAGGGUUUGAAAUAGGUGGCAGACAAAGUUCUGUUAUAAUUGUGGCCCUUAUCAUUUUGCCUACGGUUUGGUUGGAUGACAUGAGCAUUCUAUCUUAUAUCUCUGCCAGUGGGGUUAUAGCUUCAGCUAUCGUUCUCAUCUCAAUUUUUUGGACUGGUGCAUUUGAUGGGGUUGGAUUUAAGGAAAAGGGAACGUUAGUGAAUUGGCAUGGAAUCCCUACUGCAGUAAGCUUGUAUGCCUUCUGUUACUGUGCACAUCCAGUCUUCCCCGCCCUUUACACUUCUAUGAAAAACAAGCAUCAGUUCUCUAACGUCAUGAUUCUGUGCUUUAUUUUAUGCUCCUUGAGCUACGCAUCAAUGGCAGUUAUGGGUUACCGAAUGUUUGGACCAAGCGUUCAGUCGCAGAUAACCUUAAACCUUCCAACCGAAAAGCUAAGCUCAAGACUGACAAUAUACACCACACUGGUCAGUCCCAUAACAAAGUACGCCCUGAUGAUCAUUCCAAUUGUAAAUGCUACCAAAAGUUGGCUUCCAAUGAACGGCAAGAAAAGGCCAUUCGGCCUCUUCAUCGGUACGGCUUUGGUGAUCAGCAAUGUCAUUGUAGCCCUCUCUCUCCCUUUCUUUGGUGAUCUCAUGUCGCUGGUCGGAGCAUUUUUAAGUAUGACAGCUUCUAUUAUACUUCCAUCCUUAUGUUACAUGAAGAUUUCUGGAACUUAUCAGCGAUUUGGAUUUGAGAUGGUGGUCUUAUGGACUAUAGUGCUACUUGGUGUUGCUGUCGUGAUAUUGGGUACUUACACCUCUCUCUUGGAGAUAAUAAGGCACUUCUAACAAGUAGAUAUAUUUCAUGCUUUUUUAUUAUUAUUAUUAUUAAUAUAGGUGUUUGGAUUAAUUUAUAUGUAACUUAAUUAAUCUUAUAUAUUUUAAAUUUAACAACUUUGUAAGGCCUUAUUAUAAUUCUGAAAAAACUUGAAUACAUGAUUAAUAAAUAAAAAAUAAAUUCAAGAUAUAA